CCGAAUUAACAGUAACCCUAAGGACAACAAAAUUAAACUUGGUGAGAAUUAUGUUCCCAAAGGGAGUGGUAAAUUGACGUGCCUAAGAGAUGCUCGGUGGUUUAUGAGUAAUCAUCAUUUACAGGACGUGUGUCCAAAUGGGGGAAACUGUAAUUUUCUGAAAAAUGGGUGCCGCGCCUGUAGGCUACAAAAGUGUUUGGACAUCAGAAUGACACCCCCAAACCAACAGAACGGCAGUCAACAGUCAACUACUUUAGCACCGAGUGAUGACUUAGAAAAUAGCCAAGCUCAAACACACCCACAACCCCCUAUCGCAAACAGUGGUGACACAGCUUCCAGUCAGCCAAACAUAGUGCCAGCCAUCCAAGUGUCAAACCCAGAUGCCGGUCCCUUCACUUCAUACCCUUCCCAUUCAAACACAAUCUCAGACAUGGCACACAUUGGGGUGACAGCCGUUGAACCAGAGGGUGACCACAGAAUAGAUGACAAAUCCUAA